CUGACAAGGUUUACCCCAAGGACCAGCAACAUGCACUGUGCCAUCCAGAAGGCUGAAGUGCUGGAUGGGGAUCAUUUGAUGCAAAUCCUCUGGGAUGAUGGUAUAGAGUCUCUCUACCCUGCUGUUUGGCUCAGAGACAAUUGCCAGUGCACUUAUUGCUACUUGGAUUCUGCAAAAGCAAGGAAACUCCUCAUUGAAGCCCUUGAUGUGAACAUUGGCAUUAAAAGCUUGACGUUUGACAGUAAAAAGGUUUAUGUCACAUGGCCAAAUGAGCACUAUAGUGAAUUUGAAGCCAGUUGGCUGAAGAAGAGAUGCUUCUCACAGAAGGCCAGAGAAAACCUCCAAAAAGAAUUGUUUUUGCCAGAAUGUCAGUACUGGGGCUCAGAGCUCCAGCUACCUACUCUGGAUUUUGAAGAUGUUUUAAGAAGUGAUGAACAUGCAUACAAGUGGCUCUUCAACCUCAAGAAAGUAGGCAUAGUGAGAAUCACUGGAGCAGCAGAUAAAAGAGGAGAAAUUUUAAAACUUGGUAAAAGGAUUGGUUUCCUCUUUCUCACCUUUUAUGGACAUACUUGGCAAGUUCAAGACAAAAUCAAUGCAAACAAUGUGGCUUACACAACUGGGAAGCUAAGCUUUCACACCGAUUAUCCAGCUCUCCAUCAUCCACCUGGGGUUCAGCUUCUGCAUUGCAUAAAACAAACAGUCACAGGGGGAGAUACAGAAAUUGUAGAUGGAUUUAAUAUAUGCCGAAAGCUCAAAGAAAAAAAUCCACGGGCAUUUCAGAUUUUGUCCUCCACUUAUGUGGACUUCACAGACAUUGGAGUGGAUUACUGCGAUUUCUCUGUGCAAUCUAAACACAAAAUUAUAGAAUUAGAUGAUAAAGGCCAAGUGGUUCGCAUCAACUUCAAUAAUGCAACCAGAGACACAGUAUUCGACGUACCUGUUGAAAGGGUCCAGCCUUUUUAUGCCGCGCUGAAGGAGUUUGUUGACCUGAUGAACUAUAAAGAAUUCAACUUUACUUUCAAGAUGAAUCCAGGUGAUGUGAUUACUUUUGAUAACUGGCGUUUACUUCAUGGCCGACGUAGCUAUGAAGCAGGAACUGAAAUAACCCGCCACCUAGAAGGAGCUUACGCUGAUUGGGAUGUGGUGAUGUCAAGGCUUCGGAUAUUAAGGCAGAGUAUAGAGAAUAGAAACUAAAUCUUCUAUCUAUACUUUCAUGAAGAUUCCAAUGAAUGUAUUUUGUAA